AUGACUGUUCCAAAACAUUAUGCAGUGGCCAGUGAAGCUGCGACGCUCGCACUUCUGCGUGCUCAAGGGGUUCCCGUCCCCAAAGUCCUUGCGUAUUCUCCAGAUCAGACAAACGCCGUUGGAACCGAAUACAUUCUACUUGAAAGACUUGAAGGAACACCCUUAAGCAAUCAGUGGUUCUCUAUGGAUACCAAAACUCGGGUCAAAAUAAUGAGACAGAUCGUUGACGUAGAGAGACAGUUCAUGAGCAUCCGCUUCCCAGCAAGCGGAAGUCUUUAUCACCGCCGCGAUCUUGACAGCUCACAACACGUCGUUCCGGUCUUGGACGACAUUGUCGUUGGCCCAACUGCACAACAUGAAUGGUGGUAUCAGGAACGAGCCUCUCUCGAAGUUGACCGCGGCCCAUGGAAUACCUUUUCUGCGUGCUUUGAAGCACCGGCCAAGCGCGAGCUAGAAUUCUGUGAACGAUUUGGCAGACCACGCCUACACGCCGAAAGAUACCUGCGAGAAAUACACCAGUUCCAGAACCACUCACCUCUUCCGUACCAACAUCUCCUUACCAAUUAUUUGAAAAUAGCGCCUUACCUCGACGUCCCGUCCGACCAUCGCAUGUCUCGCCCGACACUUCGCCAUCCAGACUUUUCACCGAAUGACAUCCUAGUGAACACCUCCAACGACGUGGUAGGGCUCAUUGACUGGCAACAUGCAGUUAUUCUGCCUCUUUGCCUGUGCGCUGGAAUCCCGGAUCAUUUUCAAAACUGGGGUGAUCCAUUAUCUGAGACACUAUCGAAGCCAGAGGUCAGGUUGCCAAAGAAUUUUGAUGAACUCAGCCAUGAGGAACAAAAAAAUGUUCAAGAGACGAUGCGAAGACGGAUUGUUCACUUUUACUAUGCUGCGUUGACCAUGAAAUCCCUGCCGGACCACUUCGAUGCCAUCAGAAAUGAGAACUGUAUGCUUCGAGCGAAACUUUUUCAUCAUGCGCAGGCUCCCUGGGAAGGAGAUUCUGUCUCGUUGAAGUAUGCUAUGUUGCAGGUACUCAAGAAUUGGCCUAUGUCGUUGGAUGAAGGAGCACAGACGAGACCUGUUAAGUGCCCGGUCUCUUUUUCUGAGGAAGAGAUACAGCAAUGUUCGGCGGAUCAUCAGCAAGAACAAGAGAAACUAAAGGAAUUAGAUGAGAUGAGGGAACUAAUCGGGACAGAUGCCCUUGGCUGGGUGUCAGAUGAAGAUGAGCUUAAUCGGUGUAAGGCUGUCAUCCAAAUGAUUAAGGAUGGUUUAAUGGAACAUUCUAGCACUGAGAUGGAGAAGAUAGCGGUGCUCUAUCAUUUUCCUUUCGACGAUCAUGAAGAAAAUUUAUGA